UCCGUCCGUAGAUAAAACCAUCCACACCCGCGAGGGCCUCGGCCUCGCCCCUCCACUCCCCCUCGACCUAAUUUCCAUCCAUCUUCAUCAAGAACCAAAAAGAAACAAGAGGAAAACGGAUCUCCCGUUGUUUCUUGGAUGACGAAUUGAACGAAGGAGGCGAGAAGAGAAGGCGGUCUCCUCCAGUCCUCCUCCUCCUCCUCCUCCUCCGAACUGCUCCCCUUUCUGCCCAACGCCUGUCGCCCACAUCGAUGGCCGAUGUUUUCUUCCUCCGUUGUUAUCUCCUCCUCCCUUCUCGUCUCCCGCUCUUAUCCCCUCUCCGCUGCACCAACUCCUCGAGAUUAAGAAGAAGGCCUCCGCAGAACACUAGCUUGGAUUCUGCCGUUGCUGCUGCUUUCGCCCACCGGCCGAAGCGGUUUUCUCAUCUCAAGGUGCAUGCAGUUGCUGCUGACAACAACGAACCAAAGUGGUGGGAGAAGAACGCAGGACCAAAUAUGAUUGAUAUCCAUUCCACGCGAGAUUUUCUGGAUGCAUUAAGCCAGGCUGGCGAUAGGCUUGUUAUUGUUGAAUUUUACGGCACUUGGUGUGGUUCUUGCCGAGCCUUAUACCCGAAGCUUUGUAAGACAGCUCAAGAGAACCCCGACAUUGUAUUCUUAAAAGUAAAUUUUGAUGAAAACAAGCCAAUGUGCAAAAGAUUGAACGUUAGGGUGCUUCCUUACUUUCAUUUCUAUCGUGGUGCUGAUGGACGAUUGGAGUCUUUUUCUUGUUCCCUAGCCAAGUUUCAGAAAAUAAAGGAUGCCAUUGCUACACACAACACUGCUCGCUGUAGUAUGGGCCCACCUUUGGGAGUAGGGGACCUUAACCUGCUUGAAACACCAACUACGCAAGAGAAGCCUGCAGAAGCCAGCCCCAGGUAAAUCUGUCAGUAUUUAGUCUGGAUCUGGGAUCUUGUAGGCAAUUCACAUUAAACCUCCAAUUCUUCUGUAACAUAUCUCUGCCUCGAACCAAGAAGCAUACUCAUGUUUUUAUUCUUUUCUGACUUGAUCUGCUUGAGAAUUCUGGGAAGAAAAUCUACAGAAGAUAUGAGUAGGUGCUUGCUUGGUUCUGUUCUGCAUUCUUUGGGGCUUAUUUGACUUCUUGCCUAUUUUGAGUUGGAGAUUGUUCCACAUGACAUGGACCGGAGGUAGCCUGGAAUGAGAGCUGGUAUGGAUGUGAGAAAGAAUGUUGAGUAGGACCUGGCUGAAGGCGUCGGUUUUUACUUCAGAAACAGAGAAUGAAAGGGUUCUUAUCUCCCAAAGUUCAUAGUACCAAGCAGUUUAUGAUAAAAUGCCAGAAAAUGUGGAUUACAUCUGAAGUGCAGUUUCUCUGUAGCCAACAUAAUUAUUUGCAAUGUACCUACCUUGGUAUGGGAUAUGAAGUUGUGAAAUAUAAACAAAGUGAACAACGGGAACACCUAAAAUAGAAAUUAUCUUACAAAA